UGCAGGUUUUGAAGCACAAGACACUCAAACCAAACCAAAUACUCUAGAAAUUCCGUAAAUAGAAAACAAAGUUUGUAAUCAUGGCUGCCAUCAACCCAGCAGUAGCAGCGCAACUUUCCGUCGGUAUCCACAGAAAUCCGGCGACCAAUAGCCGCAAAUCUAUAGCGGCGUCCACCCCCAAUCCGGCCGUGAAAAAUGAUGCAGCUUCGAUUCUUUCUAUACCUGCUCAGUCUCCAUUGCUUUAUAGAAACUCGGUUCCGAGAAGCUUGGACACAAAAAUCAUGGCUGCGAAUCCUGAAGUUUUAUCGUCGGCAAAUUUAACUGGCGUUCUGUUCUUCACGGAGUGCCAGUUUGGGAACUUUUCCGGCCAGAAUUUAAAGCUGGAAAACUUCGUGUAUUGGCAUGGUUACGGAGAUUUACCGGAAACUGUGUCUCAAAAUCAGCCGACGGUUGAGUUUAAGCACUUCGGUGAUUCCGAAGGUUCGGUCGGAGCUGUUUCGUAUGUUGUCGGAGAUAAGGUCAGGUGGAUUAUUGCCUGGAGCAAUUCCGGAGAAGAUUCUCUCAAGCUGAACAAGGUGUAUAGUGAAAUUAAUGAAGUGACUGAAAGAGGAGUUGAUUGGGAUUCAAUAAGAAAAGCAUUGGACCAAAGUGUGUCAAAGUACAGAGCUAUGCAUGUUGAAAAUGGCUACUUGCUGAUCUUGGAUUGAUCCAACCACCAAUACACCAUCAAUGACCGCAACACUCAACUCCUAGAAUUAACGUCGAUUAGAUGAAUAAUGCCCAUGAUUGUU